AAAGUGGGUGCCGGAGCUAUCAAGGAAGGGUGCCCGAAAGGCACAAACACAAACAUGGUGGUGUCAGUCAGAACAUAACUGAAAAAUAAAUUAGAAUAAAAAUUAGAAUAGAAGACUAGUCGAGAUCAGAGAUUGUACAUGAAAUGAAAGAGAAACGAGAGAGAGAGAGAGAGAGAGAGAGAGAGCGAGAGAAGAGUUGUUGAUGUCUGACGCAGCCACCACCCAUAUUGACGACCGUCAUGCUCCGUUUCUUAGCCUGCUCUUUCGCCGCCUCGUGCUUUCCACCUUUUUCUCUGGUGGUUCUUCCUCUAAUCUAAUUCAGUAAUACUCUUCGCCUUUAGUUCUUGGGUGUGAUUGUUAUUUUGGAUCGGAAAUAUUACUCUUGGUUGAGUAAAGCUUUUGAGUGAAAGAUUUGAGCGUUUGGAAGAUUCAGGUAGAGCUAGCUGCGAUGUGAUUUGUGUGUACGGACGUGUUGUGCCUCUCUGGUGAAAGCAGUCAGCUGGGGGUUUUCCAACGCUGUAUAAAUACCUGUUUCGUUUUGAUCGUGAGGGUUGGUGAGAGAGGAGAGUACUGAGUCUCAAACCCCGAUUGCCUUAGAUCUUUCCUGCCCUCAAAUUAAGAUCUCUGCUUUUCUGGAUUCAUCCACGUACACACUUCUCUCUCCAGACAGCGGAAAAAACAGCUCUUUCUCCUCUGUCUUUCUGCCUCCUUUAUUAGAGUGAGAAAGGGCCGAGCUGGUGAAAAUCUUGGGGGAUAUUGUAGGGUUUGCACAGAGAUAGAGUUAUUAAUAUUAUUACUCUAUUAUUCUUUGUAUUUGGUAGGCAGGUUGGAAGGAAAGGAUUGCAUGCACAAGCUGGUAACGAUGGCCGUUAGUUUUUUACACUAGAGAUUCUCAAAGCUCAGAGACAGACACGUCGAGUUUCCAAAACUGAAACGCUCAAAAUUGACUCCUCCCCAAAAACCUGCAUGCUCAUCAAUUAACGGAAGACAACACCACACCCCCCCCCCCCCCCCCCCCCCCCCCCCCCCCCCCCCCCCCAAGCCUUUCUCGAUAUAUAGACGGAACCACAAGAAGAAAAACCACACCUCAAAAAAUAAGAGAGACGAUUUAGAGAAACAAAGAUGCACCAAGAGAGAGAUGGAGGAGGACCAGAAGACAUGAAGGAAGAAGACUCGAAACUAGAGCCUAUGCAAGCUGAAAAUAAUCAGCAGCAUCAUCCUCAAAAAUGCCCUCGCUGUGAGUCUCUCAACACCAAGUUUUGUUAUUACAACAACUAUAGCCUGUCUCAGCCCCGUUACUACUGCAAGGCUUGUAGAAGGUACUGGACUCAAGGAGGAACCCUCAGAAACGUCCCCGUCGGAGGCAGUUGCAGGAAGGGGAAGCGUACAAAAACCUCCUCAUCUGCUGGCGAGAAUUCUCGGUCUCAGCAGCCCCCACAGCCGCAGCAAGUACAACAAAAUUUUACGAACCCACCAGCUAUAAUCCCCUCCGAUCCAGUUUUCACCCCAAGUCCAGCUCUAAUGACCACAGAACCCGGUAAUUUGGCUUCACAAUCUGGAGCAUCGAUCCAUUCAACUGGGCCGUACUAUGCGGCAGGUGGGUAUUUAUCCUCUUUGGCAGCAAUUCAAUCGUUGAAUCAACCACAUUCUUUCAGUCAAGCUCUCACUUAUGCUAGGGGAGGUUUGGAGGGUUCUUCAAAUUUGGAUCUUCUACAAGGCCGGUUUACUGUCCCUUCGUUUGGGUCACAACAGCGGCAGCGACAAGUCCAGCAAAGGCAAUUUUAUCCCAUGGGUAACAUCGAUAGAGGCAUGGAACCGCUCCAUUUUACUGGACAAACAUGGAGUCAGUCAAGCAGGCAGACCAACACUUCUUCCCAUGACUGGCAUCAGAGCUUUCUGAUCAAUACUAACGCCAGGGCCGCUGACACCACUCUGUGGAGUAUUAGCACCGCCGCCACCGCCACUGGUAACGCUAACGGCAAUAACAAUGCUGCUUCUACUUCGAAUCCGAGUCAGUGGCCUAAUCUCCCUGGAUUUGGUCCUCCACCAUGACCUUCUUCGCCCAUUCUUAGAACUCCCUCAAGCUCCAUAGAUCAAGCAGCUACAUAAUUUGGUGGAGUUUUUUUUUUUUUUUUUUUUUUUUGCUUUGUAUACCCAAAAAAAGAGUCCAUUAAACCUCUAUCUGUCUACCCUUUUUGUCUUGUUUUACUUUGGAUGUUUUAGGCCCUCAGGGAAUGAUUCGGUUCGUCAUAGUUAGAACAAAGAGAGUUGAGCAUCUUGUGAUGCGAUUAAUCGUAGAUGAAAGAAUAGCGGCGUUAAUCGCCGCCUUUUUUUAUGUCAUAAAGAUUUCCUGGCUUGAGUUUUGUUA